AUGGUAAGCUUAACGCCGUCUCCGACGCAGUAUCCAACGCCAAGCCCGACGCCCAGCCCGACGGCAAGCCCGACGGCAAGCCCGACGCCAUCUCCGACGACAAGCCCGACGGCAAGCCCGACGCCGUCCCCGACGCAGUAUCCAACGCCGAGCCCGACGGCAAGCCCGACGGCAAGUCCGACGCGGACCCCGACGUCUGCGCCCACCUACCCCCCGCUUGGGGACGUGCAUGCAUCAGGUAUUUGUAGCUGCUCCAGCCCCCCCUGCGGAUGUAACUGUUGGGAUUGCACAGAAGAGCGUCAAGCUGCUGGAUGUUGUAGUUGCGAAGAUGGGAGGAGUUGCGGUUAUGACGAUACGAUGACUUUGUGCGACGGUUGCAUGGGUUGUUGGUACAAGGGCAAAUGUGGUUGCAGCACAGAAUCGGUUACGUGA